CCAUGCAAGAGACUGAGCAAUCAGAAAAAGAUAUGAUAGGUUCCCUUCUUGAUGGUAAUCAAUAUACUAAAUUCUAUAGAUAAUGAAUCAGAAUGCUCAGAAUUUCGAUCUUCCAUUACCAAAUCCCAGUAACAUUCAUAAUCUGUAAAAAUAAUGUUCUUUAUAAAUACCUUUAGCCUGUUAAAAGUAUUAAAGAUUUAAAAGAGAGCCCAGUUUUAAAUGAAGAUCCAACGUAUUAUUACAAAUAUUCAAUUAGUUAUUAAGAAUUCCCCUCUGCUGAUCCAAGCAACUUUUAUAUUACAGUGUAGCCUACAUUUAUUCAAUAACGAUAACAUUCUUUAAGUCAUGAAUUCCAUUCAUACAUGUUACCUUAACAACCAAUAUACUAUCCUUGUUAAGAUGGCUAUUUCUCUUAAAAAAGAACAAAAAAAUUACAAUUAUAAACAGAGAUUGAUUCAUCAAUAGUAAAAUUAUUUAAUUAAACUACCUUAGUCACAAUAAUGUCAAGAUCAAUAUGCCUCUUUAAUCAUUUAAUAAUCAUUCAUUUAAGGAAAUGAAUAUUAAAGAGAAAAAAUAUUUAAAGGAUUAGUUGAUGAUUUACUUUUACUAUCAAAACAUAAAUUUGGAAAUUAUGUCAUCUAAAAAAUAAUUGAAAAUAGUAAUUAAAAUACUAGAACACUUAUUUUCGAAUAGUUGAACUCUCAUGUAUUGGAAAUGUCUUAAGACAAAUUUGGUUGUAGAGUUGUAUAAAAAUUAUUAGAAUUUAUUCUAAAUUAACAAAAAGUAUAACUUAUAUCCUAACUUAAACCUUAUGCUUUAAAAUUAAUAUUUGAUUAGUGUGGAAAUCAUGUUAUCUAAAAAAUAAUAGAUUUAGUUACUGAUGCUGAAUUUAUUAUAGAUUUAGUCAAGAAUAAUGUAGAAAAGGUUGUAUCUCAUCCUUAUGGAUGUAGAAUAGCAUAAAAAUGUUUAGAAAUAUUUCCAAAUGAUAAAUUAUAGGAACUUUAUAUAUCCUUAAUUCCAUUAUGUGAAAGAUUAUCCUUUUGUUAAUAUGGGAAUUAUAUUGUUUAACAUAUGAUAAAUUAAGGACCUCCAAAAGGAUUUGAAGUAAUUGGAAAGUUUAUCAAAUAAAGAAUAAUAGAAGUCAGUUAAGAUAAAUAUGGCAGGUAAUAAUAUUAAUUCAAAUGUAGUAACGUUGCCCAAAGGUAUAUUACAUUGGCUUAAGAUGAUGAUAUUGCUAGCAUAUGUAAAAUUCUUAUGAAUCAAACAAUUCCACCUAUGUUACUGAUAUUAAUUAAUAAUUCUUUUGGAAAUUAUGUUAUGUAAAAUUUCUAUUUGAAAUGUAAUGAAAAAUAAAAAGAAUAAAUUUAAAUUCAACUCUCUAAAUAUGAAGAACACUAAUUCACUUAAUUUGGUAUUUAAAUUCAAUUACUAAAUUAGGUCGACAUUUCUUAUAAUAUUUAGCUAGAUUUCAUGCUUGUUGA